AUGAGACCCGUAUUGCUCCAAGGACAUGAGCGGGCCCUGACCCAAAUUCGAUACAAUAGAGACGGCGAUAUCAUCUUCUCCACCGCCAAGGAUCAGCAUAUCUGCGCCUGGUACGCACACAACGGGGAGCGCUUGGGAACCUACCAUGGCCACCAGGGAGCCCUCUGGACCGUAGACGUCGACCCGACCAGCACCCUACUCGCCAGCGGCGCCGCAGACAAUACCGUUCGGUUGUGGGACAUCCGGACUGGAAAGUGCUUGAAGGUCUGGGAUUUCAACACCGCCGUGAAGAGAGUCGAGUUCACCGAGGAUGGAUCACAACUGUUGGCUGUGACGGAGCAGCGCAUGGGCUUCCUAGGCACCAUCGUUGUUUUCGACAUCAACCUGGACGUUGACGGACCACAGUCAGACGAGAGGUCGAUGACCAUUACCUGCGAGGAGAGCAAGGCCACCGUGGCGGGGUGGAGUUAUCUGUCAAAGUAUAUUAUUGCCGGCCACGAGGAUGGAAGCAUAUCACAAUAUGAUGCCAAGACUGGAGAGCAACUCGAUAACGUCCAAGUCCACGAAGGGCUGAUCACCGACCUGCAAUGGGCACCAGACCGGACAUAUUUCAUUACUGCAUCAAAGGACAAGACAGCCAAGCUCGUCAACGCACGCGAUCUCGAGGUCAUGAAAACAUACGUCACCGACACCCCCUUAAAUAGCGCUUCCAUUACGCCCAAGAAAGACUUCGUCAUCCUCGGAGGCGGCCAAGCAGCCAUGGACGUGACCACCACCUCAGCCCGUCAAGGAAAAUUCGAGGCACGUUUCUACCACAAGAUCUUCGAGGAUGAGAUCGGCAGAGUAAAGGGUCACUUCGGUCCUCUUAACACAGUUGCAGUGGAUCCCCAGGGUAAAGGAUAUGCAAGCGGUAGUGAGGACGGAUAUGUUCGCGUACAUCAAUUUGAUAAGGGGUAUUUCGAUUUCACUUAUGAGGUUGAGAGGCAGGCAAAGGCAGCGGCAGCAGCACAACAACAGCAGCAGUGA